AUGACCCUGAACCGCGGCGACAAACUGAGGUACCUGGACAAGCGGCGCGGCAGCAUGCCCUUCGCCGCCCAUCAUCCGCAGCAGCAGCCUCUGCACCGGCGCAGCAUGCCGGUGGACGAGCGGGAUCUGCAAGCCUCGCUGCCGCCCUCGCCCCGCGGCCAGCUCUCCAGCCUGAUGCGCUGCACCUCGUACAACCCGGGCGAGGAGGAGGCGCUCCGCCAGGGCUGGGCCUCGGACUCCUCCGACUCCGUUAUCUCCUCCGGCAGCGACUCGGAAGGCGGCAUCUACAAGGUGAUGCUGCUGGGCGAGCAUGGCGUGGGCAAGACCAGCCUGGCCAGGAUCUUCGGCGGCGUCGAGGACUGUCCGGACGCCGACGAGGCAGGCAAUACGUAUGACAGAUCCAUUAUAGUUGAUGGUGAAGAAGCUUCUCUUGUGGUGUUUGACAUAUGGGAGCAGGAUGAAAGCCAGUGGCUUCAGAACCAUUGCAUGAAAAUGGGGGAUGCCUACAUUAUCGUCUAUUCAGUGACAGAUAAAGUCAGCUUUGAAAAAGCUUCUGAGCUGAGGAUUCAACUACGAAGGGCAAGACAAACAGAAGACAUUCCCAUAAUUCUUGUAGGAAACAAAAGUGACCUAGUCCGAUCACGGGAAGUCUCCGUAGAUGAGGGACGGGCUUGUGCUGUUGUCUUUGACUGCAAGUUUAUUGAGACCUCAGCUGCACUUCAUCACAACGUCAAAGAUCUCUUUGAGGGGAUUGUCCGGCAGAUUCGGCUACGCAAGGACAGCAAAGAAGACAAUGCCCGAAGAAUGGCCAACACAAAGAGGAGAGAGAGCAUCAGUAAGAAGGCUAAGCGAUUCCUGGGGAAGAUGGUGGCCAAAAACAACAAGAAGAUGGCAUUUAAAGCCAAAUCCAAGUCCUGCCAUGACUUAUCGGUACUUUAAACAUGGCUCUUGGCAGAAUUAGAAGUAUGUGAGUGUGUGUGGGUGUGUUGUGAACGUAUCUCUGGCAGUUAAGAGUGAGGAAAAAGGACCUAUGAAACUACAGAAUGGAGGGAAGUUGUUUCCUUCAUGCCUUACAGUUCCUGCACAAGACUGGGAAAUAAGAUUACAGGACCUUCACUGGUAGAAUGGUUUGUAACCUUCAGCAAAUGAACUGAUUUCUAAAAAUUCAACGGCUUUGUACCCCUUCAGUUUCACUGUGUAAAAUUGCUAGCUGUCCUGUGGAUAUCAGGGAUUCAAAGGAAAAAAACACACGAUGAUACUUAUUUUUCUUUACUUCU